CGCGUCCGUGGCGACAGCGGCGGUGGCGAGCGCAGGGGCCGGGCUGGUCCCGGUCCCGCUCCGUUCCCUGCCCCGCAGCAGCAGGACAGAGCCGGCAGCCGAAUCCCCCAGGCCCAGGUGUCGGGAGGGACCCCGCGCGUUUCAGGCCCCGGUGCCCCUCGGCGUUGCCGGGGCUGGGGACGCCCAGCGCCCGUGAGCGGGCUCUUCCCCCGGCGGUUCGCAGGCCCUAUCUCAGAUGCCUUUUGGAGGGGGAAGGAGGAGAGCAGAGGGAGUAACACUAGCAAAGCCAGCUCCAAAGCUUUCAGGGAGAAGGAAGUGCUGGCAGAAGCAGCAUGAGCUGGGAAGGCAGAGGUGAAAGGAGCAACCUUGUGCAGGGGAAAGAAGUACUAAAAUGGUUAAUCUAGGGACCACUGUCUUGAUCACAUCGCUCACAAAGGAGGAGCUGGUUGGGAUCAAACCACCUUUCAGGUAACCACGUAGUGGUGACUCUCAAGGAAGUUUCCCCUUGCUUCUCCUGAAGGAGAAGUAAAUCCUGAGCAAGGAUGCAGCAGCCAGAAGCUGGUGAUAAGAGCAGAGGCAUUCCCUCACCAUGUCCACCUCAGGCCAACCUCACUGAUGGCUCAUUCUACACACGCCGCUGCAUCACUGAGGAUCUCAGUUGGUCCCUGGUCACUGUCCCCCACCUCACUGAGCUCUGCCUCCAGCACAUCGCUCACAAUUUCGAAAAGAACCCUAUUUUGAACUGUCUUCUGCCUGAGCAUCAAAAGAAGGUGGUGGAUAGGCUCUCCACCAGCCUUCCACUCACUGUGACUGCCAACAUCGUAAGCCACGAGGAGUACUGGAAGAGGUGCUGUAUGGAGCGCUGGCAAGUGUGUGACGUCUCCAACUAUGGAGACAGCUGGAAACGGAUGUUCUUUGAACGUCACCUGGAGAACAUUCUGAAGUUUUUCAUCCCUAACACCACAGACCCCAAGCAGGUGCUAGAGCUCAUCCCACUCUGCAAAGACUACGUGCGGAAACUGGAGAUCAAUCAGUUCCUGCCACCUUUGCGGGUGGAUCAAAAGGAGGAGAGCAAUGACCUCUCUGACACAGAGGAUGAUGCUGAAAUUAGUGAGGUCUACACGCAUCAUUACGACCUGAAAGAUGUCAUUACUGCUCUCCCUCACCUUGAAGAGCUUCAUCUCAUUUAUGGUGUGAAGAGCUGUGGCAUGAACUUUGAGUGGAGCCUCUUUAACUUCACUGAGCUGGACUGCUCCAACUUGGCUGCUACCAUGAAGAUGUGCCGUAACUUGAAAGUUUUCAAGCUGACACAAAGCAAAGUGGAUGAUGACAAGAUCAAGCUCCUGGCCCGUAACUUGCAGCAUCACCCUUGCUUGUUGGAGCUGGACUUGUCCCACAAUCUCAUCAGGGACCACGGGGCACAAGCUCUUGGCAAGCUGCUCAGCCACAGCAGAUUAGAAACCCUUAAUCUGUGUAACAACCAGAUCUGUCACCUGGGGGCUCAGGCUCUUGCUCAAGGCCUGGCUGAGAGCUCCACUCUGACCUCCCUGAAUCUACGCCUCAACUUCGUGGAGGACAAAGGUGGGGAGGCGAUUGGCCAUGCCCUGCUGACCAACACCAGCCUGAAAUCCCUGCAUCUGGGAAGUAAUAACCUGUCAGAGCCAACCGCGGCAGUGUUCUCCCAGGUUCUGGCUCAGAACACCACUCUGAGGAGCAUCAACUUCUCAUGCAACCACUUAGGGCUGGAUGGUGGGAAGCAGCUGCUUGAAGGGCUGACAAACAACAAGACUUUGACUGAGCUUGAUCUCCGCCACGCAGAGGUGGAACAGGAGACUGAUUUCCUCAUUCACGAAAUUGUGUGGGCCAAUCGGGAAGCAGCGAGGCGGGGAUCUCUGCAGCACCCCACCACUGAACCCCUCUGAAUAAAGUGCUCCAGGGAGCAAUGAGCUUGG